AAUUCUUUUCUUCCGGUAAAAGCCAGGGAACUCGAGCUUAAAAACUAAAACCAGGGAGAGCUAGCGAGCGAGAGAGAGAGAGAGGGAUGGAUCCAAAGCUAACAGAAGUAUCGCAGCUAUUCGAGCGAUUCAAAGCGGCAUGUACUAGAGACGAUUUCAAUACUUCAACGAAUCUGCUUUCUCAGCUCAAGGUUUUGUUGAUAGGAUUUCGAAGCUUGCCGCCGUUGUUUGAAAACACGCCUCAUUCUGUUCAAGAAUUGAUUAUAGCAAGGGAUAUUUAUGAGCAUGCUGUUCUUUUGAGUGUGAAGAUUGGGGAUCAGGAUGCGUUUGAAAGGGAUUUCUUUCAGUUGAAGCCUUAUUAUACUGAUGCCGGUGGCCGUCUUGCCCCAUCUCCUCAGGAGUAUAUGAUCUUGGGUCUCAACCUCUUGAGACUCUUAGUCCAAAACAGAAUUGCUGAAUUCCAUACUGAAUUGGAAUUGCUCUCCCCUGCUGCUUUGGAGAAUCCUUGCAUCAAGCAUGCCGUGGAGUUGGAGCAGUCCUUCAUGGAAGGGGCUUACAAUCGUGUGUUAUCUGCAAAACAGAAUGUGCCAUACAAGACUUUUGAUUAUUUUAUGGAUCUCUUGGCAAAGACUGUAAGGGAUGAAAUAGCUGGAUGCAGUGAGAAGGCAUAUGACUAUCUUUCAAUAAGUGAUGCCCGGCAAAUGUUGCUCUUCUCUUCUGAUGAUGAACUUUUGGAAUACAUCAAGGAGGGGCAUCUUGAGUGGGAGAUAAAGAAUGGCUCUGUAGUUUUCCAGAAGGCAAACGAAUCUGCUCCCUGCAAAGAGAUACCAUCUCUACAUCUCAUCAACCAGACAUUGAGUUAUGCUAGAGAGUUGGAGCGGAUUGUGUAAAAGAUAGAUAGCUGUCUUCAGACACAAAACUUCCAACUUGGAACUGUUUCAUUUGAGGAUACAAAUUUCAAUUGCCAUCUUUUGCGGUUCAAUUUGGUCACUCGGCGGCCUACAUUAUCAGCAUUUCUCUCUUUGAUUUGUAAUGCUCCAGUGCAUUUUACUUUUAAUUUCACAAUUUGACAUGUUUCAUGCUGCUUUGGAAAAUUAUCUUUACAGA